AUGAUUCAUAGGUGGAAUUCGUAUACCUCCACUGAAGGAAUACUCUAUGCCCUUGGAGCAGACAUCAUCUGCUUUCAAGAGAUGAAAUCGUCGCGUGCGACGCUACCUCGCGACGUUGCGUUGCCCGGACCAUAUCACGGCUUCUUUUCCUUCCCAGUGAAUAAGGGUGGAUACAGUGGCGUAGCAGUCUACGCAGACUCGAGAAAGGCAACUCCGCUGAGAGCGGAGGAGGGCCUAACAGGUGUGCUACAGCCUAAACCCCCGAUGUCUCCCGAAGAACGAGUGUCUAUGAGCUACCCCCUUGCACACGAUUUCGAUCCAUUCCCGGACGAUAAUGGCGAAACCGACUCAGGCUUUGACGCCCUCGAUAGCGAAGGACGCACACUCGUGGUUGAUUUCGGGCUGUUCGUUCUCAUCAACGUGUAUUGCCCGGCUGAGACCUCUGACGCCCGAUUACCAUUCAAGAUGAACUUUCAUCUUCUACUGCAGGAGCGCAUACGAAAGCUGAUCGAAAAAGAGCACCGAGAGGUCAUCGUCGUUGGAGACAUCAACAUUGCCGCCACACCUCUAGAUCAUGCUGAAGGGAAUCUACCAAGCAGUAUAGCGACGUUCUGGGAUCAUCCUGCCCGCGAGUGGUUCCGCAACUGGCUCGAUCCCAACGGGCCUAUGGUCGACGUGAUUCGUAUGUUCUGGCCAGAAAGAAAAGGCCUGUAUACUUGCUGGAAUAUGAAACUGCAGGCGCGCGAGACGAACUAUGGCGCACGUAUUGACUACGUACUUGUUACCAAAGGACUACUACCGUGGAUCAAACACGGAGAUAUACAAGCGUCGCUGAAGGGAUCUGAUCAUUGUCCCAUCUACAUUGAUUUGCACGACGAGCUUCUGCUCGAGAAUGGCGAAACGAUCAAACUCCGGGACGCCAUGAAACAGAACGAGGUCACACAACCACCGCGCUUAUGUGCCAAAUUCUGGGACGAGUUCUCUGGUAAACAGACGGUGUUAUCCACCUUCUUUGGAAAACGAGAAGAGAUGCCUUCGCAGACUCCUAGCGCCUCACCCGUUCUGGUCACCACUAUACCAUCUUCGAAGUCAAUCACUCGCUCCUUUUCCUCCUCCAGAAUAAAUGACCAACGCACUUCAGGGCAGAGCGCAAAGCGGAAGCCUUCUGACAAAGGGUUAAGCAGUGGUUCAAACAAGAAAAACAAGGUCGAUCCGGGGCAAGCGAAGCUGGCCUCGUUUUUCUCGAAACCAUCUAGCAACAAAAGCACUUCCAAAGAAUCGUCUUCGAAAAAUGAGAGCAAGAAUGCUUGGUCAAACCUCUUCACCCCUCUUCGGCCCCCGAAAUGCACGGUGCAUGGUGAGCCUGCGAAGCUGUACACAGUGAACAAGCAAGGGCCCAAUAAGGGCAAGAAGUUCUACAUUUGUUCCCGACCGGUCGGUCCAGGAUAUGAUAAGGGCAAGGGCGAACGUCUUCGGGAAGAGGUCAAUUACGAGUAUCGCUGCAACUUCUUCAAGUGGGCAAGUGAGGUCAGGCGGGAGGCGCUGCAACAGUCUGGGGCUAGCCGAGACUAA